UUAAGAGUUUUACGUCCAGUUAAAGAAGAAGAAACUUCAAAACUCCCAAGAAACGACACCGUUAGCUAACUCAUAAUGUCCGACGCAUUAGAGCCGACAACAACAGCGACAGUAGUAUCGCCGGAACCGCCGUUCCGAUCAUUCGGCGUCACUUGGCCUGAAUUCAAUGACGGUUUAUACUACAACGACGCCGUCUCUUCGUCCGACUCUGAAUUGACACUGAUAAAAUUCUACUCGAGCAAGUAUAAGAAUUCAGCUCCAUUACAUGGUUGGUUACAGAGAAUUCAAAAUGGACAGAUUAGAAUUGAUGGUAACGUUGUUAAAGAACCUAAUACAAUUCUCAGGGAUGGUUCGGAACUUGUAUAUCAUAGGCUUCCUUGGAGAGAGCCUGAUGCACCUUACACGAUACAAAUUUUAUAUGAAGAUGAUGAUAUGAUUGCUUUAAACAAACCUUCCGGUCUGCAAGUUUUGCCUGGGGGGCUUUUCCAGCAACGAACUGUAUUAACACAACUUCAGUGGCUGUCAAGGAAACAAAACUCUUCCCUAGCAAGCCAAGAAUCUCAUCCUGUUCCAGUUCAUCGCCUAGGAAGGGGCACAUCCGGUAUAUUGCUUUGUGCAAAAUCAAAACAUGCCAAGACUCAACUAGCUUCAUAUUUUGCCGAUGGAACAUCUCUUAUUGGACACGCCAGCACUAAGUCUGGCAAGAAGAGGAAAAUUUCAAAGAUAUAUCGAGCACUAGUCAAUGGGAUACUCCAACAGGAUAAGGUUAUCAUCCAGCAGCCAAUUGGAGCAGUGCGAUAUCCUGGAGUAGCCAAAGGGCUGUAUGUUGCUUCACCUUCAGGUAAGCCAGCAUUAAGCAAAGUUGAAGUGCUUGAGAGAGAUGUGCAGAGAGGCUGCACAUUGGUUCAGGUUGAAAUUGAUUCAGGACGGCCACAUCAAAUACGGAUUCAUCUUUCAUUCAUUGGGCAUCCUUUGAUAGGCGAUCCCCUUUAUGUGGUUGGUGGGCAACCUAAGUGCUUUGAUACUGAACUUGCAAAUGAAAGUCUUGCCCAAGAUGGAGGGUAUCAGAAACCAACAAAACCAGUUCCUGGAGAUUGUGGCUAUUAUUUGCAUGCCCAUCACUUAUUCCUUUUACACUUGACCACAAAUGAGGCUAUGAAAAUCACAGCGCCACUCCCAUCUAUCCUACAAACCGAAGCAGAGGCCAAACAAACGAAUAUGAAACUGUAACCACUUUUCUGUAUUGAAUCAAAUUUUUUCAAACUGAGUUAUGGUUCGUCGAAUUAAACGUUAGUGUUAGAGCAUUUCCAAUGUUAAAAUGGAAUGCUAAUGCUGUAAUUUAUUACUGAAUUUUAAAAUUCAACUUCAAUACAGUGCUCAAUUUAGUAUUUGUUA